AUGCUCACAGACUUGCUCAAGGACAUCAAACCUGCGCCAACACUCAGGCUGGGGUCAGCCUCAGUUUCUGGCUUUAAGGACGCUCCGUUGCACAUGCACAUGUUGGGCGGGGUGUGUGUGGGGUUACAUGCGCGCCAGGCUCGACGCGGUGUGCCUCGCGCGUCCGAUCACGUACCCCCUCCCCCUCCCCCUUCCAUUGACCCUCACCUCCCUAUCGUCCCUCAGGCCUCUCGUCCCUCACACCCGUCGACCCCCAUCCCUCAUCGAUCCAUCCCUGCUUCUCUGCCUUCGUCUGAGUCGUCGUCGUCGCGACCCGAGUCGCCCGCGGGUCCUCCGAAACGCAUCGUAUCCGGCUCGCUGAAGGAUCGUAUCGCCAAGUUCAACAACGCCGGCUCCUCGCCCCUUCUUCCGAACAAUGAUGGCUCUCAUCCACACUCGUCCACACACACAUCGUAUGCUCGCGGUGGGCUGAUCGGCAACCGGCUACCAUCCCUGGACCCCAAGUCUGCUGGUAUUGUCGGCAGUCCUGGCUUCCGUCGCGUCUCAGAAGGCAAAGGGAUCAUCGGGAACCGCAUUCCUAGCAGCGGUGCGAGCGUCUCGAGCGCUGGCUCAGCGCCCGGAUCCGUUGCUGGUAGCAGGGUGCCCGGCGCAUCAGGCCGAUCUGUGCGAAGCGCGUCACCAGCAGGCUCCGCGACAUCCUCAGUCGCAUCGGCAUCUGCAUCCGCCGCCUCUGGAACACUGGAUUCGGCUUCCGUCGGCACGUCACUGUCUUCCUCGCCCGCCACUUCGCCGGGAGGCGGCUUCAUGCCUCCGCAGUUGUUGGUGUCGACGCUGCCUGACGGUCAUGAGCCUGGGACGAUGACGCCCUCGUCCACACGAGCGGAGGCUGGCGAAGACGCCAUUUCCAUGCCUAGCACGCCGGUACCGACCGCUUCGUCCGAGCUGCCGCCGCCGGAUUAUGAUCUCGUCCCUGGAAACCUGAAGCUCGCCGCUGGCGACGCUAAGGCCGGAGAUGCCAGGAGCGUCUCGUCCGCCAUGUCCGUCUCCAGCUCGCUUGUUUCACAGUACGACCCCGCAUCCGAGGAAGGCCGCGAGGAAGGCGAGCGUCCGACGAACCUGAAGGACGUCAGUGAGGUUAGCACCCCUACUGGCACUCCUCGUCAAGCCUUACGUCAACUAGACAACGAUAGCGUUGCCGGGUCCUCUCGUGGAGCACCUAGCGCCCCGCCUAGCGACACCGGGGACGUCGCCGAUUUGCAGGACAAGCUCGAUGCGUUGAAUGUGGGCUCCGCGGCUGCUGCUGGGAGCAAGGAUGAGUCCGCGGCUGCCCAGGAAGAGAAGGAUACGCCGUCAGCAGACAGCCUAACCCCCGCUACUGUUGACGCAAGGUCUCCCCCGCCCCUUGCAGAGCAGAUCACGCCCAACGCGACCGCCGACAAUGCUUCCAAGGACACUUCGACGACCUCCGUCCCAUCGGCGGAGAAGAGCAGCGCUGCUGACAGUCAAGCAGAGGCUCUCGAGGACUUGGCCAAGCGUGCAGAUGCAGCCGCCGACAAACUGAAAUCCGAAGCAGAAGGCAAGUCCUCUGCCACUCCGGGAAAGGCCGCCAACGACAUUGAGACCAUCAAGGAUGAUGAUACGGCCAAGACCGUGGAUCGGGACGCAACCCCGGAGGCACCCAAGGUCGCCAUCUCGCCCGCACCCGAGAAAGAGGAAGACCAGGCUCCCGGCCCCACCGAGGCGAUUGGACGCCGCAGCGAGGACACCAUCAUGCCUUCUGCAUCAUUAGGAAACCUGUCGACCUCCCCGAGCCAGGACGAUGUCGCGUCCACCCCGCUCGCUAUUCCGAAGGACAAGGACUCUUCCGACACUCCCUCCGUCAUCGACCUCAGCAGCAGUCCGAAGCUGACCUCCGCCGACCGUGACUCGACUCCGGUUCCUCGUGAUUCCACAACAUCUCAGAGCGUCCUGGACCAAAACUCGGACCUGGUCAGUAUGAUCGCUGCUCCAACCGAGCGUCCUUUCUCUGAUGACUUAAGCCAGUCGCAGAUCGACAACUUUGAGGACGAGAUGUCCAAUCGCAGCAGUAUGCCACCUGCGCGCGCCUCAUCCGAGCUUGAGUUCCGGUAUGAGGACCUGCACGAGCGCUUCGGCCCCGACGGAGCCAAGACCAACCCUAACACCAAUUCUUCUCACUCGUUCACUCCCGCUGCGGCGGGGGCAGGCCGCAGCCGCCACUUCUGA